AUGUAUAAUACGGAAACGCAUUCUCUCACUCCUUUUUAUCAAAUUCCUCCCGAUGGAGUGAUUCAUGUCAUUGUAUAUGAACCAAAAUGUGACUUGUUAUUUAUUGGAGGUAAAUUUACGAGUAUUGAUGGUGUGAAAACUGGACCUAUUGCUGUCAAAAUGGGAGCAGCAUCGACGAGUAGUAGUAGUAGUAGUAAUAGUAAUGGGAAAAAUCAAACAAAUUCUUUAUGGACCUCCUUAAAUGUAUUUGAUCGUGACAUUUAUAUGGGAGAAUGGUCUGAAAAUGCAACAAUUUUGGAUAUCAAAGUAUUUUAUAAUAAUGUAUUUAAACAAUGUCAACCCUCUAUUUUGAUGGCUGGACAAUUUACAAAGGCAGCUGGCAUUGAAAAUGUCAAUAAUAUUGUCAUGAUUGACACCAAUUCUUUAAAGUGGGAUUUAUUUGCUAACAGUGCUGGAGUGAGAGGCGUAAGAGGAACCUCUAUCCAUACAGUUCUCAUUCAUGAUGAUAAUUAUAUUUAUGUGGGUGGAAAUUUUCCAGACUACUUUAAAAGGUAUCAAAACGGGAAAUGGGAAACUUUACUUCAAGGUCAAUUAAAUGGUCCAGUGACAUCUAUUGCUCUUCAAAAUAAUCACAUCUAUGAAGAUGUGUUUGUAGUUGGAGGAACAUUCACUGCGCCAAAACAAUACUUGUUUCUUUACAAGCCAAGCAAGUCCAUACAUUAUAUACGACAUUUCAAAAAGAGGGUUGUUUUAUUCACGCCAACUCAAGUGUUUGACGAUUCAUUGAGGGGUAUUAAGAAAAUGGAUAUUUAUCAAGAUCAAUUAUAUAUGGCAGGUCAAUUUGUAUAUCAGAGCGAUUGGGGAGAAAUUCCACCAUUUAAAUUUUGUUCCAAAGGAUCCUAUGUAAUGGCAAAACAAGAUUUUGAAAUGUUGCCCAAUCACACUGAGUUUUAUUACAAGGAUUACAUGACAUUAUUGUUGCACAAAGAGGAUCGUGAUGAUAUGGUGCUCGAUGACGCAAUCAAUUUAUUUGUGGAUCCAUCAGAGCCAGACAUACCAGUGAUUCAUUCUACAAUAUUUAUGGCAAGUUCAGCAGCUAUCUGUCGUUUGUCGCUUGCCCUUAUUGUUAGUGUGUCCAUUAUGUGGUUACUUUAA